AGCUGAAAGAGCUGAAAGAGCUGAAAAGUGCAGAAAAGCGCAGAACUUCUUAUUAUCAUAGAUAAUAAUCAGUAGACAAAUAUUGUGAAAGAUGAUAUAAUAUAAAUAAUGUCAAACUAAACAAAAGUAAAAAAUAUGAAAAAUAUGUUAACUGCAGAGAUACCAGCCAAUGGACCGACCAGCAAGGUCAAUGUCACGCAUUCUCUUUACCAAAAAAUUAAAUUUCUACAUAGUAUUAGAAGAUAAAUAAAAGUAAAUAAAGUCCAUGCACAGAGAUUUCUUGUUAAGCCUUCUAUCGUGCUGCUCAGAUUUUGAUCCUGGCUAGAAGAGCUUCAGUGCCGGACCGCUCGGUGAAUGGUCAGCUUUGAAAAUAUUUCUUUGAUACUGAACAGCCACUAAGAAGUCCAAUUUUAUAUUGUGACGUUGAUCAAGUUACUUUUUCUGGAAGACCAAGCACCUUUUCUUAGCAACGGGCUGCUCAUUGGUCAACAUAAYGUCGCUCGCCUACUGCGAAGACAGUUUAAAGMCAUGUCAUUAUACUGGGACUCUUUCACGGAACAUAUUUUUUACAUAAAAUGGCACUGCCUUCACCUUCUACAUUCGCCGUUUUCAAAAAAACUGUUUGCUUAUCUAAAUGGAAGCAGGCUGGCUCAGUUGGUUGAGAAUUACACUGUUGUACAAGAAUCGGACCAACGCUCGGGGUCUUCUAAUAACUGAGGAGAAAAUGAGUGCUCUAUUUGUCCUAGCAACAUCGUUCUUUUUGGUCAGCUGUGUCCUUUUCAAUGCAGUUGCACAAAAUAUAGAUCCAACAUGUGAGCCAUGUGCUGUCUUAAAAUGCAAAAAUGGCCAAAACUGUACCCGAGAGCCUGUUUCUAAGUGCCCCCCUUUAGGGGUCUGUAGGGGGAAAAUCGUCAAAGAUCAUUGUGGAUGCUGUGACAUAUGCGUGACGACCAUUGGACAUAAAUGUCGUGACGAUCCCGAAGCAUAUCAAGAACAAGUCUGUGGUAAAGGUCUCCGAUGUGUGCAAGUUGAAGAAUCUUUAGGGUUUGAAGUUGGAAUCGAAAAGCGUCGUUCAUGCAGAUGUGAAAAAGAAAUCAGGGGCUGUUUUGACCCGGUAAACAAAAAAAAUUAUCGACCCGGCGAGAUCUGGACACGAGGAGAUUUCGCAUGCGAGGUAUGCGUCUGCAAUUCUAAUGGUCGGCCGAAAUGUUCGUCUUUGCGAUGCAGGAAAACCACGUGUUUUGACGUCAAGAGAGUAGAAGACAGAUGUUGUGCAUUCUGCAUGAAAGAUGACUGGAGCAAAGGUUUGCCGAGUUAUGUAUAUAAAAAGAAAAGCAACAAUUUAAUCCUUUGUUAAUAGAGCCCCUUCCAGGUCAAAGUUCCUUUGUUCCCCAGUAUUUUUUCUGUUUGUUCUCUCGCUCCCUAUGAGUCGAAUUCCAAAGUUUGUCAAUUUUUUCCUCAAAAAUAUGAUUCCUCACACAUUUGUUCCCUUGCUCCCUGAAAAUAAAUGCUCCUAAUUACCAUUGUUCCCUAAAACCAUAGACCUUUUUACCAAUACUGCGGCCAUCUUGAAUUAUAUUGUCCUAAAAGAAACAUUAUGGGAUGCCGCAGGGUCAACUGUUGAUAAAGUUAUGGACUGCACAGCACCCAGGGUGUCUUUUUCUCCCAUUUUACACUUUUCAACGAGAAGCACAUCGAAACUAAUUGAACUUUUUUAAAAAAAUUCAAUUUUUAAAAAAACGUAACACCGCGCACCACCCUAAGCUUAAUACAUUUUCUAUGUUUGCCCCUUCGGCUUCCCAGAAUUCAAGAUGGACGCCGUAUAAGUAAAAAGGUCUAUAGCAACAACGACAUCUUUGGCACUUCUCCAAAUUACAUUAUUAAUAAUUUAAACUAGUGAAGAGGGGGGAAAUAUGUGGAUAGGCGUCAUUUAGAAAUAGCUUAUCGAGCUAAAUUGCAAUGUCAAACUGAAAUUAAUUUAAUAAAGUACAAAGCAAAAUACAUGAAAUUAUAUAACAAGAAAAAGCACACGCAAGGGAAUGAAUCAUAAAUGAGAAGGAAAUUGAUUCUUUUUUUAUAUGAAAAACGACAGCUAGUUAUCAUAUUGGUCUAAAAAGGAGGUAAUUAAAAGCUUCUUGAAGCAGCAACAGGACUUGAAUUUACAAUGUUCCUGGAUUGAACGUUUUGAAAAUCGAUGGCAAAUUGCCUAAAUGAAAAUAAUGCAUAAACUAUGCAUCGUUACAAAUCUCAAGUCUUGAAAUUUUUGGAUACCUUAGUUUAUAACGAAAAUAGUGGGCUCAAGUGGGCUCUAAGAUCAGAAAACUUCGUUAUUCUAAUCAUCCAUAUUCAUUAUCAUCAUCAUUGAACCAUCAGUAGUAGUAGCAAAGGAUAGGACCACCACCAGUCUUGUUUUUCGAGCAAAAAAAACCUCCAGUCAAUGUCACCAGCGCGUUUAGUUAAUGGUUGCACCAUUUAUGCACGACUUAAACCAACUGCUCACAUGACCCUAUGCUACCUUCAUGAAGUAGCUAGUCAAAAUAAAGAACAGAAACGAAAAAAAACAUGUUAUGGAUGCGGAGUUACCGCUCACAACAUGCGAAACACGAAAAUAGCAUUAAAUGAACAAAUUGAAUGUUCAGAUAAAGAUUAGUUUGGGAAAAUACUCUGGCUGGCAAGUGUUUACCAGCCAGCACUUUUCUCAUACAAUUCAGUAUUCAACAUUUUGAACUGAAACUUCGCCCUCUUACAAAUGUUCAGAUGCUUUAUUCAUUUCUGGUUUACAUUUUGACACAGCUGCUCAAGGGGGUAGGGCCAUCUGACCUGUUAGUGCAAGUUGUCUGCAUUUAGGCUUUACAUUGUCUGCAUUUGUACUCUCUUUUUAGGAAGAUUCUUAUCACUAGCGGACCUUGCUUUUUUUUGUCUUUUGUUUUUGGUUUUUGGUUUUUGGU